UCCUACGGCAAGUCGGAGGCAGCAAGAUGGCGGCCGCUGAGGAAGGUUGCGAUGUUGGGGUCGAAGCGGACCGGGAACUGGAGGAGCUUCUGGAAAGUGCUCUUGAUGAUUUCGAUAAAGCCAAACCCUCCCCAGCACCCCCUCCUACCACCUCGGCCCCUGAUGCUUCAGGGCCCCAGAAGAGAUCGCCAGGAGACACUGCCAAAGAUGCCCUCUUCGCCUCCCAAGAGAAAUUUUUCCAGGAACUGUUUGACAGUGAGCUGGCUUCCCAAGCCACUGCGGAGUUUGAGAAGGCAAUGAAGGAGCUGGCUGAAGAAGAGCCCCACCUGGUGGAACAGUUCCAAAAGCUCUCAGAAGCAGCUGGGAGAGUGGGCAGUGAUGCAAACUCUCAACAAGAAUUUACUUCUUGCCUAAAGGAGACAUUAAGUGGGCUAGCCAAAAAUGCCACUGACCUUCAGAACUCGGGCAUGUCUGAAGAGGAGCUGACCAAAGCCAUGGAAGGGCUGGGCAUGGAUGAAGGGGAUGGGGAAGGGAACAUUCUCCCCAUCAUGCAGAGUAUCAUGCAGAACCUACUGUCUAAGGAUGUACUGUACCCAUCCCUGAAGGAGAUCACGGAAAAGUAUCCAGAAUGGUUGCAGAGUCACCAGGAAUCUAUUCCUCCAGAGCAGUUUGAAAAGUAUCAGGAGCAGCACACUGUUAUGGGCAAAAUAUGUGAGCAGUUUGAGGCAGAGACACCCACGGACAGUGAGGCUACUCACAGGGCUCGUUUCGAGACGGUGCUGGACCUUAUGCAGCAGUUACAGGACUUGGGCCAUCCUCCAAAAGAGCUGGCUGGGGAGAUGGGAUGGACCUUCAGAAGCUCUGACCUGAAAUACGAGUGGUUUUCUCAGCCCUUCAUCUCUUCUCCAGCCUCCUGGCCUCAACUUUGACCUGGAUACCCUCAAUCUGUCGGGCCCACCAGGUGCCAACGGCGAACAGUGUCUGAUCAUGUGAAACACAACACGUUUUCCUCCCUGAGUCCCAGCCAUGGGGAGCAUCUAGAGUCAGCAGAACCACUGGGAACUGAGUCAGGAGUGUCGUCUCUGGGAGCCAGCUGCCUCCCACUCUCUACAUCCCCUUCAAGACUGUGUGCCAUACCAGCUGAGGAUCUGUUCUCUAGGCCAUUUCUAUGAGCCCUACUCCAUCAUGCGCUCUGCUGUUAGAAACGGGCCAAUUCAUUGCCAGGUGAAGGAAGGCAUCCCUUUUGGGGCAUUUCACUUCUUCCUGCUCCCAAAAGUAAUGUUAUAUAUGACUAUACUCAUGUCCCCUUGAUUCCCAGGGACUUCGUGCCUUGUUUCUGCUCCCUCUCUUGGAGCUCGGGAGCAGGAGCUGAGUCCUCAGACUUGGUGUUUCCAUUAGGCAGGGCCUCUGGGAAUGAGGAGAAAUGUAGCCUGCCCUGGGGCUGUAUGUCACCACAUCUCCUUACCUUCAUUUUGAACUCUCUGAAGGGAAAGGAACUUUGCACUUACCUGUGGUCAAGUUGGAAGAGAAGCCCUGGGCUUUUCCUCUCCCUGGGUGCUGCACUCUUAAUUCCUGUUUCCUCCUGAGGACUCAAGUUGCUACCCUGGUUCUUUCUACAACUCUGUGAUUUAGGUGAACCCAGCUCUUGACCUUCCUUUGCCCCCUGGCUGUCCUCUUCCCUCUCUUUUUAGACUCUUAUUUAUUCCAGCCCCUCUGAACCAAUGUUGUAAUUGAUGAAGGCCAAUCUUGUUUCCUUUCAUCUAGUACCUCUGCCAUUCUCACUGGACCCUUCCAUUCCCUGGCCAACACAUAACUGUAGUGUCAGAUCUGAUAAAUGAAUGGCCAUUCUACCCAGAUACAUUCUGGCUUACUUGGGACAUCAGAUUCCCUAGAAUCCUUAGUUCAGGAAGGUGCUUGGGAAAGGGAUGUGGCCUGAGUCUUUUUUCCUGCAAGCCCCGGGGGACAGUAUCUAAUAAAUAUUCUGAGCGUA